GCGGCAACCCCAAGGCUGGCUCCUAAAUUCUCCUAGAAACUCCUCUCGAGCAAUUACGCACCACCACGCCGCGGUUCCUUGCUCAUUGGCUAGAGGCUGACUCUCGCUUUGGGAUCUACAUCAAAACCAGCGGGCGUUAUUUCAGUUGAAUUGAUCUGCUUAGAUUCGUAUAGCCUGUCGCUGAUCGAGUUUUAAAACCUCGAGAGUAUCCAGCGAAGCGAGAAAUGGGAAGCGGCGCGGGUCGAGGGAGGAAAGGCGGCCCGACGGGUCGUCGGCAUUUUUCGACGAUUGAGGAAAUGAAGUCCGGCACGUCGUCCGAGCCCAAGUGGAAACAGCGGCGGAAUCGGGACCAGGAGGAUGACCCGGAGGAGGAAGGGGAGGAGGGGAGCAGUGAGGAGGAGUCGGAAGAGGAGGAAGAGGAGAAGCACAAGGGCGUGGCGGGCUUGAUAGCUGUGGAAAAUCCCAACGCUCCCAGGAAGGCAGCAGUCAAGGUGUCUCAGGCGGAUACCAGUGCGCCCACCACUCAGCUCUCUCGCCGUGAAAGGGAGGAGAUAGAGAAGGAGCGGUCCAAGGAGCGAUACAUGAAGCUGCAGGAGCAGGGCAAAACAGAGCAGUCCAAGAAGGAUCUUGAGCGCUUGGCUCUUAUUCGCCAGCAACGAGAGGAGGCAGCUAAGAAGAAAGAAGAAGAGCGCUUGGCAAAAGAGGCUAAGAAACUAGAAGCCCGCAAAAGAUGACAAAUUACAACCAGCUCGUUAGCAUGAAGUUAGGAUCUACUUGCCAACAUCUUCCUUCAUAAUACUUACAAUAUAGAUGUACCGUAUGACAGGAUCACAUACACUGGUCCUCCAAACUUUUGGCGACUCAAUAUUAGAUUUUUCCACACCUGUUCCCGCCAAAACCCU